AUGUCCCCCUUGAUUCUUCUCCUAUUUAUUUUCCAUCUCCUAAUCCCCGGUUCCCCAGAAAAAAUCUGCAAAACCCCAGAAUGCCAGAAAAUCGCUGAUCGCUACUUGAAACAUCUCAACGAUUCAGUCAAACCAUGUGACAACUUCUACAAUUUCAUCUGUGGAAAAUAUCAAGAAAAUCAUAAAGUCUCAGAAACCCAGGAUAAAAUAUCAGUACUUCAGGAAAUUCAGGAAACUAUAGAUCUAGAAUUGCUAGAAAUUCUGAAAAAUAAUGGGAGUGGAGGAGUUUAUCGAAAGAUUCACAAUUAUUUCGAUUCUUGUGUUGAAGUUGAACAUCGAGAUGGAUUUCGAGAUGUUCUGCUGAAGCAGCAAAUCGAGAAUUUCGGAGGUUGGAAGCUGGUGAAUGAAGGUGUGAAAAAUGAGGAAUGGGAAAGUAUAGCGGGGAAAAUGUUUGGGCAUGGAUUUCAGGCGAUGGUGAAGAUUGUGCCUGGCCCGAUUUUUGAAAAUACAAAGUCUUAUGGGUUGUUGGUAAGUCAGGGUUACUGUAGCUUUAGGGUUACUGUAACCCCAUUAAACCAAAAAUUCCUUUCCAGCUUCUCGCUCCUACAGUAUACCUCGACGAUGAUCUCUCACCUUACAUAAUCAAUAAAUCACCAAUUCUUGCGAGUUACCGUAACUUGAUCAAUUCCACGUUGGCACUUCUAGGAAUCAAUGAUCAGAAAAUCAUUGAUGAUAUUUUAGAAGUGGAGAAAACUCUAGUCAAAGUAAGAAAUCCUCAGAUCUUCCCCCAAAAAUACUUUAUUUCAGGCAUCAAUCAGUGAUGGCUCAACAGAUUAUGGUAAAAAUUACACGGUGAUUCAGAUCAAGGAGACAGUUCCAAGUAUGAAUUGGAACGUGUUUUUCGAAAAAUCCGGGCUCAUUUUAACGGAUUCCACGGAGAUUCGAGUCAUUGAUCCGAACUAUUUGGUGAAUUUUGAGAAAAUUCUGAAAGAAUAUGCGAAAAUGCCGGAGAAAAUUGUGAAUUAUUUGAUGUGGGUUUUGGUGGCGGAAUCUGCGAAAUAUAUGGGGAAGAAAUGGGUGAAACCGUUGAAUGAGUUUGAGAAAAACACUAAGGGAUUUUAUACCAAUGUGAGUUUCCGCAAGCUUCAUGAGAUUUUAUUGAAAAACUUGAAAAAAUGCGAAAAAAAAAUUUUUUUGCAAAAAAAAAAUAAAAGUAAAACAACAAUACUCCGCAAUCCCGUUGCAUUUUCGUGUAUUUCUCUCGGACAAUAUCGAUUUUUUUUGUUUUUUUUUUGCGCGAUAAUUUUAAUUUUCAAACCUUGCCACGUCGCAAAAUUUUUGCAGUAUUCAUCGUGGCAAUUCUGCGUCUCUGAAUCGCGCAAAAAAUUCCCAAACCUUCUCGUCCAUCAAAUCUUCUCCAAAACCUACACAGCCUCCCACAAAUCCCUCACAAAAUCUCUGAUUUCCAACAUCAAAUCAGCAAUGAAGACUGAAAUCGAAGGCGCAGAUUGGCUGGGAAAUUCGACAAAAUCAGCGCUGGAAAAACUUGAAGUUAUGAGGGAGAAGAUCGGAUAUCCGGAAGUUGGGCAAGAAGAGGUUCUGGAUAAACCAUUCGAGAAUAUUUGUAUAAAACAUCGAGAAUUCUUGAGAAACGAGAUGAAACUACGAAAGAUCGAACAACUUGAAAAGUUCCAACUCAUCGGAAAAUCCACACAUUCCUUCUGGGAAAACUCUUUAGAAGCUGACGCAGUCUACCAUCCAUCCUUCAAUGAGAUUCAAAUCAAAGCAGCAAUUUCGACACAUCCAAUGUUAGUUCCAGGAAUACCUUCAGCUAUUCUUUAUGGAUCUUUUGGAAGUGUAAUUGGUCAUGAGAUUUCUCAUGGUUUUGAUACAACUGGUGCGAAUUUUGAUGCAAAUGGGAAUUCGAAUAAUUGGUGGGAGGAAGAUGCUUAUGAUAAACUUCAGAAGAGAAUUUCUUGUUUGAAUAUUCAGUAUGGUAUGGGAGGAUCGACUUUGGGUGAAGAUAUUGCAGAUAAUGGCGGUCUUCGGAUAGCCUAUGAAGCCUAUAGAUCUAUAUCUGAAAAAGAAGACCAAAAGCUUCCGGGCCUCGAAAAAUACACUAAUGAUCAAUUAUUCUUUAUGGCCUAUGGACAUGUGAGUCUGAUUUUUUUUAAAACAUUUUAAAAAUAUGCUGAUUUGAUUUAGAACUUCUGCACAUCUUACAAGGAAUCAACCAUUGCUCAUAUUUUAAAAACAGAUCCGCAUUCAAUUGGACAGAAAAGAGUGAAUAUUCCACUUCAGAAUUUUGAAAAGUUUUCGGAGGUUUUUAAAUGUGAAGUGGGGGAUUUGAUGAGAUUGGAGGAGACUUGUAGGGUUUGGUGA